AAAUUGAAAACAAACAAACAAACCAGUCAAAAUUGAAUUUGCUCAACAACUGAUUACUUGGAGUAUUUAAUUGAUUUAUACUGUUUUACCCUUUAAAAUCAAAUUUUCCUUGCAUUACUGGAAACUUACUGGUAAAAAUCUUUUAAAAAUAUAAAGGUAUUUUUCUCCGAAUCCAAUGUUACUGCUGGUCACCGUAACCGUUAUCAAUCAAAUUAAACCUAGAAUGAAGAAGUCUGUUACUUUGAAUUGAAACUGAUAAAAAAUCAAAGGACAAGAUGAGUUAUCCCUACAAGGCACCUAGCAUGGCAGAAAUUUUCCCAUUGUCAUACCAGCAACCGAAGAGUUCAAAAAAUUUUAUCAAGGAAAAUAUCAGAAAAGUGAAAGGAGUCAAAAGUAAAACUAGUGAAACUGGCUCUAGGAUGUCGGUGGAUUCCAGCUGCAAAGGAUUUCCACCAUUUAAAUCUGCUGUACGGUCCAGAGGCGAAUUCGGCAGCCAGUCUUUCGAUUCUUUGCGAAAACCUCUCAUUGAAAAACAGAAGCUGACAAAACAUGCUGAACAACUAAUUGAGAAAACCCGCUCGGAAAUUUGCUCAAAAAUUUCCUCAGCUAGUACUCGCAAAAAUUAUUCUGAUAAAGAAUGUCAAACAUAUGAAAUGGAAAAUUUACGAAUAGGCGAUCAAGACAAACCUGCAUCAGCAGCCAGCUCAGCACGGAGCAUAGGUUUACAGACAGAUAUUCUGGAAAAUAUUAACAAGACUGAUAACUUUAGGACGGCCCCUAGUACCAAGAUAAAAUCACCUCGCUCUAAAAAAAAGAACUUGUGUGGAGUAAAGUCGAGUGAUGAAACCCUAAAGACCAAUCGUUCUUCAAAUAAUUUACCAUCUAAGAAUAGCGUACCUGAAUCUUAUCAAAGAGGAACCAUACCAAAGUAUAUACAGGAGAAAAAAUUGCAAAAAGAGCAAGAAGAAAUGGAGAAGAAGAAAAUGGCGCAAAUGCUAGGAACCGAUGAUCCUGACUGUCCUCCAGGCCACGUUAGACUGCCAGAUGAUAAACGGAAAGAAACUCUUCAAUUAAUUAAAAACAAAUAUGAUCAGUUAUUACUUGAAUUAAACGGACUACCUGUGAGAUCGGAUUCUUACAGGAUUAAGAAACACAGGACAUUCUUGGAAAAGGAGCUGGAGAAAAUGGAAGCUGGACUGAAAACAUUUUCUCGUGAAAAGUUAUUUGUAAAAAUAGCUCCAUAAUUCUGUACCAUCAAUCCUCUCACCUGUUUCCUCCUACUUUUAUGCUUUCUCUCACUGCCCACCACAAAUUUUAUGUGACGAUAAGAUGAAAUUACUUUGUGAUAUUGUGUGAUAAUGAACAAAUAAAAAUUGUAUUUUGAUCAAAAAUGA